AGCUCCCAUUUAUUUUUUUUCCCACUUUGUUAGGUUCCAGAAUCUAGAGAAAUUAAGGGAAGAAAAACAACGAUUACAGCUCUCAAAUCUUUAGGAGACGCCUCGCAUUGAUUUUAGACACGCGGAAUCGUUGGUUGGAAGUCAUCAUUCCCCAAUCCCAGAUCCAACCGAAACCAAUAAUACUAAACCGAGGUUACCAUUAACCAGCAAGCCGACCGCUCCUCUUUCUCUGCUCUCUGUGGCCUUCUUGUACAGCCAUCUCUGUAUAUAUGAAAUCGGAAAAAUAAAAAGAAGAUUGGAAGGUUCUUCGGUACUUCAUCGGAGGUGAGGUGGGUGUCCGAGGAAGGCAAGAGUAGGUAAGAUGAAGGAAGAAUUGCUUGGGUUUUGGACUCAGACAUGAGGUCUGGAAAUUUCACCCCACUCAUGACCAGGGUCUUGUCAGGUCGUAAUUUCUUAACUGCAGCAUUAUCUUGGACGUAGAAAAAAGGGGAGAAAAAUGAGGAUGAGGAACAAACAAAGAAAACCAACCACUUUACAUUGCAAUGCAGGAAGCAGAUGCACAUUAUCUGCUGUCGUGUGGAGUCUCGUGGGAUGCAUUCUUAUACUUCAUUUAUACUCCCUUGUUCAUCAAAGUGACGGUAAUGAACGAGAUAUCCAGGAGCGGUUGAAUCACCUCCAACUGAGCCGAGAACUUGAAGAGGUGGAAGAAGACAAUGAUUUCCAGAUUCCGCCGCCAAGGGGCAAACGAUCCCCACGUGCUGUAAAACGGAGGCCGAAGAGGGCCACAAGUCUAAUUGAAGAAUUUCUCGAUGAAUCUUCUCAAUUCAAGCACUUGUUUUUCCCUGAUAAGAGAACUGCUAUGGACCCAAGGAAGGAAGUAGAGGAUGACAACCACUAUUUCUACCCAGGGAGGAUAUGGCUGGACACAGAUGGAAAUCCAAUUCAAGCCCAUGGAGGAGGGAUUUUAUAUGUUGAGAAAUCUGGGACCUACUAUUGGUAUGGUGAAAACAAGGAUGGCCCCACUUACCAUGCUCACAAAAAAGGAGCUGCCCGGGUUGAUAUAAUUGGAGUAAGUUGCUACUCUUCCAAGGACCUAUGGACAUGGAAAUAUGAGGGUAUUGUGCUGGCAGGAGAAGAACAAAAUGAGACACACGACCUUCAUAAAUCCAAUGUUCUUGAGAGGCCAAAGGUGAUAUACAAUGAAAAGACAGGAAAGUAUGUAAUGUGGAUGCAUAUUGAUGAUGUCAACUACACCAAAGCAUCCGUGGGUGUAGCUGUUAGCAAUUCUCCMAUAGGCCCUUUUGAGUACCUUUACAGCAUGCAGCCCCAUGGUUUUGAUAGCAGGGACAUGACGAUCUUCAAAGAUGAUGAUGGUGUGGCUUACCUUGUCUACUCCUCAGAGGAUAACAGUGAACUUCACAUUGGGCCCCUCACUGAUGAUUAUUUUGAUGUCACCCAUAUAAUGAGAAGGAUUCUGGUGGGAAAACAUAGAGAAGCCCCUGCCAUAUUCAAGUAUGAUGGAACUUACUACAUGGUAACAUCAGGUUGUACAGGUUGGGCCCCAAACAGGGCACUUGCCCAUGCAGCAGAGUCGAUCAUGGGCCCCUGGGAAACCAUGGGGAAUCCCUGUGUAGGUGGGAAUGAGGUCUUAAGGCAGACAACAUUCUUUGCACAGAGCACUUUUGUGUUGCCACUACCGGGGCUUCCCGGUUCAUUUAUUUUCAUGGCUGACCGGUGGAGCUCUGCUGAUUUGAGGGAGUCAAGGUAUGUUUGGUUGCCUUUGGCUGUGGGUGGAGCAGCUGACCAGCCACUAGAGUACAAUUUUGGGUUUCCAUUGUGGUCAAGAGUAUCAAUUUACUGGCACAGGAAAUGGAAACUUCCAGACCACUGGAAGGGCAUUUGAAAUCGAUUUUUUUUCUCUUUCUUUGUUCUUUACUUUUCUUAAUGGUGUUGUAUCAUAUGUUAGGUCUCUGAUUAUUCUUUCCCUGCUUCCUGAUGUUAUAUUUGUCUGUAAUCUAUGCGUCUUUCAGAUCACAAUCCAUUAACUGUUGUCCAUGUAGGUCUUAGAUAUGGGAUCUCUCGUUAAGGUUGUUUUUAUUCUUUCACUUGGGGGGGGGGGGUAUUUGACGAGAGUUCACCCAUCUCUUUAGAUUCCUCCAAUUGAAACAAUACGAUUAUUGAAAGUUUGAAACUAUACAGUAAGGGUUUGACCCGUUUUGUGAUAA